AUAUUUUUUCUUUAUACAUAAAUGUUCCUUUUUGAAAACCACCGCAUGCCCAGGUGAAUAUGAACUGCUUUCAGCGGCAACUGCGACGCACAGCACCCACAAGGGGGGGCAGCCGGAAUGAGCUGGUGACCCCGCCAUUGCGCUCACGGGUGAAUGGCUGGUCCCUUCCCCUCCACACCUUCCAGCUCGUCGCCUUGCUGGUCUACAGCUAUAUGGCUGUGGUCGGCUUUGGCAUCUACAUUCCACUACUGCCCCCUCCAUGGAACUACGCCGCAUACUGUGUGAUUGGAAUGGCCUUCCUCUUGCACCUUGUCACACAUCUGGUGGCUGUGUCUAUUGACCCGGCUGACCCCAGUGUCCUUGCCAGGAAGAACUAUUCCAACCCCAUGCCUGUCCUGGACAAAAGGAAACAUCCACAUGUUAUCCAAAACCUGCACUGCUACCUCUGCGAGGUCGACGUGGGCCCGAAAGUGAAACACUGCAGUAGUUGCAAUAAAUGCAUUGCAGACUUUGACCACCACUGCAAAUGGCUGAACAAUUGUGUGGGUGGGAGGAACUACUGGUUUUUCUUUGUGACUGUUGUGUCUGCUGUCCUGGGAAUCGUGCUGCUUGUUUUCGUCAUCCUCUUUGUCUUCAUUGAGCACUUUUUGAACCCAGACAUUCUUCGGACUGCACCCCAGUUCCACAAUGUGCAAGGGAACGGGACGUGGCUGGCCUUCCUGCCGCUGGCGCCCGUGGAGACGACCUCGGCCGGGAUCUUGGCCGUGGCUUUUGUCACCAUCAUGUUGUGCGUGGCCUCCCUGCUGUUACUCUGCCACCUGCUGGGCUUCCACAUCUACCUGUUGACAAAGAAGAUGAGCACCUACGAGUACAUUGUGAAACAGCGUCACGCACAAAGUAUCAGAGAGCUGGAGGGAAGGGCCAAGCAGUCCACAGCCACCAAUGGAGCCUCCUUACAGAACCUCCCGCGGGUGGAGACUUCAGUUGACUGUGAUGCACCGCUGUCUGGACGGUCAAGUGCCUUGAAGUACCAGGAUAAAGGACAAAUCAGCAGUCGACUCUCAGGAGCCAUCUGUGCUGAGAUGGACAGUUUUAAACAAUCAUCUGGUGAUGUGGAAGAAACCUUAUAUUAUGACUCAAAAGCACCAACACAGACACUACCAGAUGACACAGCUGUUGGAGAUGUUGUGGGGGGAACAGAGAAGGCCCUGAGCUCAGAGAAGAACAGCAUGGGGUCAUCAGAAGGAACCCCAGUCGUCCAGAACCCGUUGGGGAGCACCGUCAUGGAACCCGCGGUAGCCGAGAGGACACUGUCUUCAGAGACCCCGCAUGGGGCAGCACACUCUAGCGGAGGCUGUAGAGGGGAGCUGCCAUAGAUGCUCAGGAAAAUGCAACUCCUGCACCAUGUGAAGGCCGCCCUCUGGUCUGAGUCCUUCAGGUCCUGGGGCUGAUUCUGGAUCUCACCACAAGAGGCCUGGAGUGUCCUGGGAUUGGGCCCUGAAACUGGAGCUCCUCUAUUGUCCACAGAAGGUGCAGAAGGGAAAGAUGGGACCAUUAGAAUGCAGGACUCGUAGGCCAGCGAGAGGAUUUUGCAUUGUGCGCUAAACUUGGUCUCGUCAGUACACGCGAUGGCGAACCCAUAGCUGCUGGAUUUUAAGGCUUUGAUUAUGAAAGCAGUGCUAAGCAGUCAAGUUUCAUAAAAUGUCUGACAUAUUUUAUGCCAUAUUUUAUUAG